AUGCAGGCCGACGCAUCGCGGCGCGCCUCCAAGGUUUCGGCCACUCGGGUCGAAACCGGCGCCAGCAACACCAAUGCAGACCGCACCCUCGAAGAAUUCGGCUAUAAGCCCGAGUUGGAGCGCAAUCGCUCCAUCUGGCAGGUCACCUUCAUGUGCUUCAUUCUCUCCUCCGUUCCGUAUGGUCUGUCCACGACCCUGUAUUAUCCCCUCGUCGCCGGUGGCUCCGCCAAUGUCAUCUGGGGGUGGGUGUUGAUCUCCUUCCUGAUUCUCUGCGUGGCCAUCUCUCUGGCUGAAAUUACCUCGGUGUAUCCGACUGCUGGUGGAGUAUACUAUCAAACGUUUGUUCUGUCGCCCCUGUGGUGUCGACGGGUCACAUCCUGGAUUUGUGGCUGGUCGUACGUCGCUGGAAACAUCACCAUCACUCUCGCCGUCAAUUUCGGUACCGCGCUUCUGUUCAUUGGCUGUCUCGAUGUCUUUGAAAAAUCUCCCGGCGUCGGACUCACCGAUGAUUUUGGUGCUUGGCAGACUUUCUUGAUCUUCCUGGCCAUCACGCUGUUGACGCAUGCCAUCUCGGCCUAUGGCAACAAAUGGUUGACCAUGCUCGAGACCUUUGCCAUCUUCUGGACCAUUGCUGGCUUGAUCGCCAUAGUCGUCUGCCUGCUUACCAUCGCCAAGCAGGGCCGCCGUGAUGCGUCCUGGGUCUUUGGAAACUUUGAGCCUCAGGCUGGUUGGCCAGCGGGCUGGUCGUUCUGCAUUGGUCUGUUGCAAGCGGCCUACGCUACUUCGGCCACCGGCAUGAUUAUCUCACUCUGUGAGGAAGUCCGCGAACCAGCUGUUAUGGUGCCCAAGGCCAUGGUUGGCACCAUUGUCAUCAAUUUUCUGGCUGGCCUUCUCUUCCUCAUUCCCCUGUGCUUUGUGAUGCCAGAGCUGAGCUUGGUCAUCAACUCCGCUCAGCCCACGCCCGUUAUCUUCAAGGCCGCCAUUGGCAAUGCUGCCGGAGCCUUCUGCUUGACCAUCCCUCUGCUCGUUCUCGGUCUGAUCUGCGGUGUUGGCUGUGUCACUGCCACUUCGCGGUGUACCUGGGCCUUUGCCCGUGAUGGCGGUAUCCCUGGCUCUGGCUGGUGGAAGAUUGUGGACAAGAAGCUCGAUAUCCCUCUCAACGCCAUGGCCCUUGGCAUGGUGAUCGAGAUCGCGCUCGGUCUCAUCUACUUUGGCUCCACUGCUGCGUACAAUGCCUUUUCUGGUGUUGGUGUCAUCUUCUUGACUACCAGUUACGCAUGUCCUAUUGCCGUCUCCUUGAUCUUCCGUCGUCGCGAGGAUAUCAAGAAUGGCCGAUUCAACUUUGGUGUUAUUGGCUUGAUCGCCAAUGUCUUUGCCCUCGCAUGGAGUAUCCUGGCCAUUCCGUUGUUCUGCAUGCCCACGACCAAGGAGGUGACUGAGCAGACCAUGAACUACGCCUCUGUGGUGUUCUUUGGUUUUAUCGUCAUCGCUACCGUCUGGUAUUUCUUCGCGAGGAAAUCCUACCGUGGCCCCCCAACGGAUGCAAUUCACGAUGAGGACUCAAUCUCGCCAUCCUCGCGUGAAACAAGCGAGGUGUCUCGCGAGAGCCAUGAGCUUGCCGGAAAGCCCAAAUCACCUUGA